AAGUCAUCACAACAGCCCACCGAACGGCCUACCAAACAAUCCAAGCGACGAGAAAUGGCCCCAGUGAAGAACGGUCGUAUUCUCUUCAAUGAUAUUCCUUCAGGCUACCCCGAGCCUGGCAAGACCACCAUCUACGAUGAGUCCGAAACGAUUGAUCUCGACAGUGCUCCCCUUAACGGCGGCUUUCUCGUCAAAACCCUCGUCCUCUCUAUCGACCCUUACCUCCGUGACAAGAUGCGGGACCCCAAGGAUUAUGGCUUUGUGCCUCACUUCGAUAUGAACCAGCCGAUCGCCAAUUUCGGCGUAGGUGUCGUAGUGCGUUCUGAGAAUAAGGGUGUCAAGGUCGGAGAUCACCUUUAUGGCACUUUCCCCUUCCAAGAAUACUUCAUACUUCCCGGCCUCGAAGGCUCCCGCAUCCUCGAGAACAAGGAAGGCCUCCCGUGGUCCGCGUAUGUCGGUAUUGCAGGCAUGCCUGGCCAGACCGCCUAUACGGCUUGGAAAGAGUACGCCCAGGCGAAGAAGGGCGAGACCGCCUUCGUUACAGCUGCGUCUGGGCCGGUCGGUUCGCUCGUCGUCCAGUUCGCAAAGGCCGACGGCAUGAAGGUCAUCGCCUCUGCCGGCUCCGACGAAAAGGUCGCAUUCGUCAAGAGCCUCGGAGCAGACGUCGUGUUCAACUACAAGAAGACGAAGACGGCCGAUGUACUGGCAAAGGAAGGCCCCAUCAAUGUCUACUGGGACAACGUCGGCGGCGAGUCGCUCGAUGCUGCUCUUACAAACGCGGCACAGCGCGCCCGAUUCUUGGAGUGCGGCUACAUCACUGGCUACAAUGGCGAGGGGACGCCGGUGAAGAACAUGGCGGUGGUCUUCGGGAAGGAGAUCACGCUCUACGGCUUCCUUGUCUUCUCGCUCCUGCCCAAGUACGAAGACGAGUUUUACCGCGAAAUCCCGGCGCGCGUCGCCAAGGGCGAGUUCAAGUACAUAGAAGAUGCCAAGAAGGGCCUCGAGUGGGCUGGUCACGCCAUCCUUGAUGUGCAGCAGGGAAAGAACCACGGGAAGAGCGUGGUCAUCGUCGCCGAAGAAUAACUGGACAUGGAGGUAAACUGUAAUAAUAAUAUGACAUCAGUUACAAUAAAACGGAUAC